GCGACUUGCGAGCGACUCAGCGCGAGACUCGGACCCAAGACUGUCACCCAAGUCACCUUGACCCUUCCUGUGCAUUCGUCCUCGGCACCUUCUUCAAAUUUUGAACGCAUCGCCAAAUCGUUUGCUUGCCAAUCAGUACGUGCAUCAAGAGAUGUAUGAAGAGUCUGCCUUCAAAAUUUGACUGGGGCGGAAUUUCCACGUCCAGUCAGACAUGGUCAACCUAGACUUGAGCCAAACAAGUCUUCGCUUGGAGCGGCAUUCGUCAGCUAGGAACAAGGCGGUUGCAUCAGCUCCUAUCUCCGCGGGGGAGGUCAUGUUGACUGUUCCGGCACUGUCGACUGCUCUGUUACAAAGCGAGAAAGGCCGCCGAUGCGACCACUGCCACAGGCUUGCUUCUGAUGACAUCCGGCUGCGAAAAUGCACUGGUUGCGCCGCUUACUGGUACUGCGGUACAAAAUGUCAAUCGGUGCAGUGGAAGGCGCAUCACAAGAGAAUAUGCAAGCAAUAUCCUCGGUUCACUGUAUCAGAGGAUUACCAAGCCCUGUUAAGCCACGACCAAGUUGACGCAUUCCUCCUCUCACAUCUGUUGGGGGAUGUUUUCUCCAGCGGUCGAUAUGCGCUCACCAGCAGCGAGGACGGGCCCCUUGGUAUCUUCAUGGAUCUGAUGAAAGGCCCUCUCGCACAUGCUACCUCUAUUCCGGUAUGCGCAGGACCUCCAGGCACAGAUACUCCGCAAGUCGGGAUAGCAGACGAUUUGUAUAGCCGCUUUGGCAACAACAACUUCGUCGUCCAUUCGCAUCUGAAUUCAUACGCGCACGGCAUAUUUCCUCUCGCUAGCCGUCUAUUCAAUCAUUCCUGCGCUCCCAAUGCCGUCACGAAAUAUAUCAUUACUCCAUCGGAACCUGUCCGCAUGCAAUGCGCUGCUCUGCGGGACAUCGCAGAGGGCGAGGAGGUGACAAUUCCCUACUUGGAUCCGGCUCUACCCGUGGAGACCCGUCAACAAGCCUUGCAAAUGAACUACGGCUUCUCGUGUUCCUGCGCGUCUUGUUGCGUCAAUGAGCGCAUACACCCGGUGCCACCCCCAAGUCGGGGAUCGGCAGAACUUGAUGACUUUGAGAGAGCGCUGCGGAGAUACGUUCUGGGCGAUGCGGGGAGGGUCGUUAGGCUACGGGAGGACACUGACCUUCUCCAAAAGAUGCCGGUCGAAUUCGCCGCGGUCCUUCACGAGUCGUAUUUGCCCCAGCUGUCGGAAACUUUCAGCAGGACUUCGCAUGAAGGUCCGUACGGAGAAGCAUUGUCAACUGGGCUCACCCUACUGGCGCUCUAUUCACUCGUCUAUCCCGUCAACUACCCACAAAUCGGCAUGCAUGCGCUGGAGCUCGCAAAGACAGCGUGGAAUGCUGCCGUGACGCAUACAGAACCUGAGGCCGCGAGUGCUCUGAAGAGCGAUGCGAGAUCAUUUCUUCUUAUUGCGACUCAUGUCCUGAAUAUUUACGGGGAAGAAGGGGACGAAGGCGGCCCGUUGGCAGAGAUCCGUGUCUUGGGAGAGAUACUGGGGCUUCCAUAGCGAGUACACUGUCUUCCACGUACGCCCCUUCCUUCCAUCGCAGUGAUAGUACUUUCAACUUGACCGUUUCAAUGACGUUGUCCCGCUAAGUAACUGCUGUGUGAGUAAUCGCAGCCCGCGUCUCAGGCAUGGGCGCUAUAUGCGGUGA